UAAGCAGUCACAGAUGUCAGGAUUGAUCAGAAUGCCAUUGGUAACGUUGCACGUGUUACAUUCGUUUGGUUUAAAUAAGUUCACCAUUCCAUUGAGAUUAGCAGUAACCGGCCAUCUGGUUAGAACGCGGAAGUGUGCUAUUUAUCAAGAAUUCGCUAGAAAAAUGUCUUACACAAUCGUCGAGAGGGGUAGUUUGAACACGACAGAUUAUAGGAUAUAUUUUAAAAACGAAGAUGGUCCAAUUUCUCCCUUCCAUGACAUUCCUCUUUAUGCCGACGAGACAAAUAAGAUUUUUAAUAUGGUUGUUGAAAUACCACGAUGGACAAACGCAAAAAUGGAAAUUAAUCGUGUAGAGUCAUUAAAUCCUAUUAAACAAGAUACUAAAAAAGGCAAAUUAAGAUAUGUUGCAAAUUGUUUUCCUCACCACGGUUAUAUAUGGAAUUAUGGUGCUCUUCCUCAGACAUGGGAAAAUCCAGAAGUACUGGAUGAAGCAACUGGAUGUAAAGGAGACAAUGAUCCAAUUGAUGUUCUUGAAAUAGGUUAUAAAGUUGCUAAAAGAGGUGAAGUUUUAAAAGUCAAAGUACUUGGAGCUGUUGCUCUCAUUGAUGAGGGAGAAACUGACUGGAAGAUUAUUGUGAUAGAUGUAAAUGAUCCUUUAGCAGAUCAAAUGAAUGAUAUAGCUGAUAUGGAAAAACAUUUUCCUGGUUUAAUGAAAGCUACAAUUGAAUGGUUUAAAAUUUAUAAAAUUCCGGAUGGUAAACCAGAAAAUCAAUUUGCUUUUAAUGGUGAAGCUAAGUCAAAAGACUUUGCGUUACAUAUUAUCGAAGAAGUAAAUCAACAUUGGCAAUAUCUUAUUAAAAAAGAUUCGCCUACUUCUGGAAUCUCAUGUACGAAUGUAACUAUAGAUGGUAGUCCAUAUAAAAUAACUUUGAAAGCUGCUGAAGAGAUAGUAGAGAAAGCUCCAGAAAAAGGAGAAUCACAAAAGACGGAGCCUAUUGUUAAUAAGUGGCAUUAUGUUCACCUUAAAUGAAGAUAAAUGGGUAUUUAUAACGCAGCAAAUUAUCAUGAAGUUGACACUGAUAUGCUCUAUUUGCUGGCAUUUAAUAGAGCAAUUUCCUACUUUUCAUUUUUACACUAAAUUAAUGCAUUAGUUAUCAAUAUAUUCUCACUAAUUGUAGAUAAUAUUUAAUAUCAUUAGCAGUACUAUAGUAAUAAAACGUGCAACACACUAAAUUUAAUGUUUUAAAAUUGAGAAAUGAGAUAAUGUAGCAAGAAUUAAUAUUAAUUAUUAUCACUUAUAUAUGGACAAUGAAGCACCAGUGUUGAUUAAGUCGAUAUAAUGAAAUUAUAAAAACAGCACGAUAUCUUUGCUACGGCACUGCAUGAUUACUAACGUUUUCACUUUGAAAACAAGCCUCAUGUUGUAACAGGUUGUGAUAUAUUUACACAAAGUAGCUGAGUAAAGGGUUCUAUUAGGUGAAAGUAUGUGUUUAUUUUUCUUUAACUAUUUCCAAACAUAAUAAAGGUAUUUUCUUUGUAUAGA